AUGGGUUCAUUUGGCUUGGCAGUUGGUCAGUUGGUUGGAAAGACUAUUCGUUUUUACAUUCAUGUUGAAGAGCUUCCCUGCAUUUUUCCCAUGCCUGAAGAGGUUGAUGAGCUUCAGUUGACAAGUGUGAGGCUUGGCCGUGCUGGUGACAAGGCACCAAACUCCAAUCUGAAAGGCCUUCUUGGUAACAUGCGUUUAGCCAGCAAAGCAGUGUACAAUGGCUCUUAUGCACCUCCCAACAGCUUGGAGAACAUCCCUCAGGCCCGGUUUCUCUUGAAGGGUGGCUACAUCGAUCGUGCGAGCCAUCGACCACAGCUGAUUGAAGGCCAUGGUUCUUUGCAGGUCUGCGAAGCGAAGGCCGGGAUGCCAACCGGGUGCAACAUUUUCGAAUUGCAAGCUGAUCAUCACACCCUAAUAGCACCAAUAGCUCCUGCUGCACAGAAACUUGACAAGGAAGACCUUUGA